AUGACUGCUCCACUUAACCUAGAAGAAGGGCAAUCCUCAACUCGACCGCCGCAUUUCAAUGGCCAGUUCUAUAUCUGGUGGAAAACAAGAAUGCAUGACUAUCUUAUGGCUGAUGAUAGUGAGUUAUGGGACAUUGUAUUUGAUUUGCCUUUUAUUCCAACUUCUAAAGUAAAGGAUGAUGAGAUAACUAGAGUUGUUCUAAAGACUCAUCAACAAUACAACGAAGUGGAUAGAAAGAAGAUUGAGAAAGGUUACAAGGCUAAGAAGCUGUUGGUUUGUGGUAUAGGUGCUGAAGAAUAUAAUCGUAUUUCUGCCUGUGAAGCAGCAAAGGAGAUCUGGGAUUGUCUCAGGACUGCUCAUGAAGGUACUGAGCAGCAAGGGGAAACUAUUCAUGACAUGUAUACUAAACUUUCCUCCAUAACAAAUGAGCUACGAAGUUUUGGAGAGCCAAUCAGUACUAGCAAGCGAGUUAGGAAAGUUCUUCGAAUUCUUCCAAAGUCAUGGGAAAGCAAAGUGGAUGCUAUCACUGAAGACAAGGAUCUUAAAGUUCUGACGAUAAAUGCUCUUAUUGGAAAUCUCAAGACACAUGAAAUGAAUAGAAGUCAAGACCUCUCAAAGAAGGAGGCCAAGAAAGACAAGUCUUCAGUAGUCAAAUUUACUCCUAGAGAAGCGUCUAGUGAAGAAGAUGAUAUUGACUAUCUUACUAAGAGAUUUCAGAAGAUCAUAAGAAAAAACAUAGGGUUUAGAAUAGGAGGGAACCCUCCUCGAGCUACAACUGAUAGUGAAUCCUGUCACAAAUGUGCAAAGGCUGGGAACUUUAUAAGGGAAUGUCCGAUGCUCAAAGCUAAAGAUAAGAAGUAUCAAAGUCCAGGAGGUGAAAAGAACAAGCAAAAGGACCUGAAAGCUCUUGCUGCAUGGGGACACUAUUCAAGCGAGUCAGGAGAUUCAGAUUGUCCCGAAGAUGCAUCAAUGUUGGUGAUUCAAGCCAAGGCUAACGUAUUCAAUGGGAUGUUGAGAAGGUUAGCAGAUAUCUUGAUUGACUCUAUUAUAGAGUUAACUACUGAAAGGGACUCUAUGAACAAUAGUCUUGAUGGUCUAAAUGAAGAAAAGGAAGUAAUGGUAGUUCAGAUGUAUGUUCUUGAGGAACAAGUGAUGGUUCUUGAAUCUGAAAAAUUGGAGCUUAAGGAGCAGCCGGAUUUUAUGAUUGAGAAAUCUCGUAAAAGGAAGGGGGAAGCUAUUAAUCUGCAGGCAGAGUUAGAAAGCAAUUUAAACACCGAUGAAACCAGACUUUCCUUAGCCUUGGAAAGAAAUGAUCAGAUGGAGAGGGAGCUGGUCCGUCUUAAGGAGGAACUUCAACAAAAAAGGACUCAGCUAAGGGGACCAGAUCCUACUGGCAAAAAUCCUAGACAAGAAAUUGCUAGAAACAGAGGACCUUCUCCAGUUCGUAAGGUCUCAAACUUGAAGAAGAAAAAGGUGAGUGAAGGAAGUAGCAGCACGUGUUGGUACAUGGACAGUGGCUGCUCAAAGCACAUGAAUGGAAAUACCAAAAACUUCCUUUCACUCAAGGCACUUCUAGGAGGAGGUGUCAAUUUUUAG